AUGCCUCCCAACAAGGACGACCGUAUCCCCGGCGCUCGCUUCUCCAUGUCUCUCAACGGGGACAACCGCAUCGUCGACUGCCGCCACGGACUUGUACUUUUCCUCGGCCGCGGCCCGCCGCACCACCUACUUGUGUGGGACCCCGUCGCCCGCGAGCAGCGCCACCUGUUCCUCCCACCAGAGCUGGACCAGUUGAGCUUCUUCAACGCAGCGGUGCUUCGCCCUACCCGUGGCCAUUUCCAGGUGGCCCUGAUAGCAUUUGCAGGAAUAACAAGAUUUUCCGCAUGCCUUUACUCAUCGGAGACUGGCAUAUGGGGCAAUAUCAACUCACUGGAGCUGGAAUCGCAUAUACUACCUUUGGAAGGAGCCGGUACUUUGAUUGGUAAUUCCCUAUGCUGGUUACUUCGGGUGCUUCCUCACUAUGCCAUACUUGAGUUUGAUCUGGAUACACAGAGCCUAGCUGUGGCAGAGCUGCCAGCACUCGAAGGCGACCAAGAAUUAAGGAUUAUACCUGCCGAAGAUGGUAGGCUUGGCUUCAUCCAUGUCUCGCAAUUCCAUGCCCAAUUAUGGAAGAGAAAGCCCGAUUCUGAUGGUUUGGCUGUAUGGGUGCUUGAUAGAGCUAUUGAAUUCGAGGAGCUCAGAUCAACUUACAAGGGAGACUCUAUCACUUUAGUGGGUUUCGCCGAGGAGAGUAAUGCAGUCCUUGCACUGACAGUUUCUGGUGUCUUCAUGGUCUAUCUCCAGUCAGUGGAGUUUAAGAAAAUUUCCAACGUGAGGUCCAAUUUUACCUAUUAUCCAUUUGCAUGUUGCUAUGCUGCAGGUAAUAGCCAAGCCUUCACUACUUCACAGUGUUAUACAUAA